UGGGCAUGAUUUCCCCACUCAACACCUUAGGAGGAGAGAAGACGACGAGUCAAUAGAAAAAUGGGCCGUAGCACAACAGUGUUUAGUAACGCACAAUGGAAAUAGAAAAUAGCGGAGGCUUGUCUGCUCAUCCCAUCCCUCAGGCAGAAGAGCCAUUGCUAACACUCCUCUCUAUGGAUCCUCAAGCUCAUGAAUUGCCACCCUCACCACCGGCGGCUCCGCCUCGGGAACCCCCGCACGUUGUAGUCUUCCCCUUCCCAGCCCAGGGCCAUGUCAACUCCAUGCUUAAGCUAGCUGAGCUGCUGAUGCUCUGCCUCCCCGGCGAUGAUGGCCUAAGGAUCACCUUCCUCAACUCCGAGCACAAUCAUAGGCACAUCCUCCGCUGCUCCGACGUUUCUUCCCGUUUCGCCGGCCGCCCCACCUUCUGCUUCAAGACGAUCUCCGAUGGACUCCCUUUGGAGGCUCCCCGGUCCAUGGACAAAUUAUUAGGGAUGCUCAGCUACUUAAAAUUGAAGGCCAGGGAUGUGCUCGCCGAGUUGACAGCGCCGGCAGAUGGCCAGUCGCCCGCGACGUGCAUCAUAGCAGAUGGGAUCUUGAGCUUCGUGAUCGAUGUUGGGGAAGAGUUCGGAGUGCCAGUGGUCUUGUUCCGUACGAUCAGCGCCUGUUCCCUCUGGGCUUAUUUUUGCAUCCCCCGACUCAUAGAAGCAGAGGAACUCCCAAUCCGAGACAUGGAUAGGCUCAUCACAAGUGCUCCGGGCAUGGAAGGCUUACUCCGAUGCAGAGAUCUGCCGAGCUUAUGCCGAGUCACCGACCUGUCUGAUCCGUUCCUUCAGUUCGUCACGAUCCAGACCGGCCAGAGCACUCGGGCACGAGGCCUAAUACUCAAUACCUUCGAAGCCCUGGAAGAGCCAGUACUCGAUCAGAUCCGUGCCCAUUGCCCUAACAUUUACACGGUGGGUCCCCUCCACGCACACCUCAAGUCCCAGCUUUCUGCAGCUGGUCAGGUCCCGACACGCCAUUCAUCCAACAGCCUCCGGAAAGAGGACCGGAGCUGCCUCCCAUGGCUUGACAGGCAGCCGGUGGGAUCAGUCCUGUAUGUGAGCUUCGGCAGCGCAACAGUCCUGAAACGAGAUCAGCUGACAGAAUUCUGGCAUGGCAUCGUUAAUAGCAAAUGCCGAUUCCUUUGGGUGUUGAGGCCAGACUCCAUCGAAAGUCAUGUUGGAAUUCCGAAAGAUAACAUCGAUGCUGAGCUGCAAACUGCGACUGAGGAGAGGGGCUGCAUCGUCGAGUGGGCGCCCCAAGAGGAGGUUCUAGCCCACCCGGCCAUUGGAGGGUUCUUGACGCACAGCGGGUGGAACUCGACAAUCGAGAGCAUAACAGCAGGGGUGCCUAUGGUUUGCUGGCCGUACUUUGCAGACCAGCAAGUCAACAGUAGGUUCGUGAGCGAGGCUUGGAAGGUCGGUUUGGACAUGAAAGACAGGUGCAACCGGAAGGUGGUUGAGACGAUGAUCAAAGAUCUGAUGGUGGGAAGGAGGGAUGAGCUAUCGAGGUCCGCUGUGGCCAAGGCUAACCAGGCAAUGGAAGCUGUAAGUGAAGGUGGUUCUUCUUGGGAUCAUAUGAACCGUCUGACUGAGGACAUACGGUCGAUGAGUGGACCCAAGUAAAAUGCAUCUGGACAAUGUUCAUCGGAUUGAAGUGCAUAACCAUCUUUUUACCUAAAAUGCCUAUCAGGAAGGCCAAACUAUAUACAAGAUGUAUGCAGUUCUCCAAUGAUUUCCUUGGAAAAUUUUAUGUGAUUAUAAAAAGAUUCUUCGUCCUCAAA